UGACAGCACACGGAAGUGACGCGGGUGCUCAAAAGAGUUCAGUAAAGCAUCUGGGAGCAAAACACCAGCUAGCUUAAAUACAUCUUAAACCAGAAGACCACAGGAGGGGACUAGCUGCCGAUCAGAACAGUCAACAGUAAGUCAUCUGUGAGUAGGUGUCCAUUAUGAAUCCAGUUUACAGCCCUGCAGCAACAGGGGUCCCCUUUACCAAUACUAAGGGUAUGGGCUACCCAGCUGGAUUUCCUGUUGGCUAUGCAGCUGCUCCGGCAUACACUCACAAUAUCUAUGCAGGAGCGAACGCAGCCUUCCCCAGUGGCUACGCUCCAGGCACUCCUUUCAAAAUGUCUUGCUCUCCCAACACUGGGACUGUCCCACCAUACUCCUCCUCACCCAACCCCUACCCUACUGCCGUUUACCCGGUCAGGAGCACCUACCCCCAACAGAACCCCUAUGCACAGGCACUAAUACCUUCACAACAGCAGGGCACUUAUUACACACAGCCGCUGUAUGCUGCACCGCCUCACGUUAUCCAUCACACUACAGUGGUCCAGCCAAAUGGGAUGCCUGCAGCCAUGUAUGCCCCGCACAUGCAACCCCAACGGCACAACAGUGUCGCCAUGGGGAUGGUAGCCGGCACCACCAUGGCCAUGUCAGCUGGAACUUUGCUGACGACUCAAUCACCAGCAUCAGUUAACCCCCACCAAGUCACGAUGCCCACAUAUCGGCCUCCUGGCACACCCAGCUACAGCUAUGUGCCCCCACAGUGGUGAAGAGAGGGAAGAGUCAGAAGAUGGUAGAUAUGCAUUCACACUCUACUCCAGUGUUUUUUGCUAUUGGUGAGGACCUGCCCUGCCAGUGUCUGCAACCAGUUACUCUUCUUCCAGCAUAAUGUGAAUCUAAAACCUAACUACAUAGAAAGAGGCCCAUUUGGAUAGGAGGGGGGUGAAGAAUAGGCCCAUCCCCAUGACCCCUCUCAAUGGAAUAAGGCUGAAUUUCAUGUCACACCCCAGCGCCAGCACCUCUACAACCUGCUGCAUAUCUCACAUCAAACAGCAAUGCCUCCAUGCAACUUUUUUUGUGGAUUGUCAUGCAGGUUUUUAUAGCUUAAACUAUUAAGUGGUGAAAAGGGAGUUUGGAAUAGUUUUUUUGUUCUUUCUUUUAAUUUGGGGGAUACAUAUGAUGUUGAAUGCAUGUGUAUAUAUAGAUAUAUGAAGUAAUGCUAGCGCAAUCUACCUGCUGUGACAGAUGCAAAAUCAACAAAAGGCACAUGUCCAAAGGAACAAAAAAAAAAAAAGAAAGUAAUAAUCUGCAA